AUGCAGGCUGCAACUACGGCAAUAAUUACUGGAGGAACCAGCGGGAUCGGUCACCAAUUAGUGAGAAAGGUAAUCUCCAGCGGGAUGUCAUGUAUCUUCGUCGGAUCCAGUCCUGAAUCAGUGCAGGAGUCUCUUCAUAUGCUCAUCGCCGCUAACGACUUCCCCAAAGACAGUACAACAAAGCACCAAUUUGUAAGGGGUGUGUCCAUAGAUCUUUCGAAUUGGCCUUCCUGGACCGCCGAACAGACCUUCAAAAGUUGGGAGUUCUCCCCAACCAACUGUAUCAUCGGCCCGUUUACAACGCCCUUGUUCAAUGUUUCCCCUAGAAACCCGUGCGGCCCCUCACAAAAAUACACCUAUAGUCUUCUAGUCAACUGUGCUGGGAUUACCCAAAAGUCACUAACCCACAGAUCCACAACCAUCGAUAUGGCCCGCAUCAUGAACAUAAACCUCAUGUCGUUAAUGUCCCUAACUCAACUAUCCGUCCGCCCUAUGCUCAAAUCACAACGCAAUUCCAAGGCAACAUCCCCAAUAAUUGUAAAUGUAGCCUCCUAUCUGGGCCAUCCAGAUACACAUAUCCUCCCAGGAACCGCAAUAUACGCCGCUUCAAAGAGCGCAGUCCUCCAAUACACCUAUUCUCUGCGUCCGGAGUUGUCCCGGCUGGGCAUCCGCAUUGAGGCUAUCGCUCCAGGCAUCGUACGAGGCACUAAAAUGAUCGAAACACUCCCUCCAGAUUCCCAGAAGAGUCUGCUACACGCCAAGCCACACCUACAAACCACACCACACGCUGUUGCCGACCUUAUAUGGUCAAUCUAUUGCUCAUCUCCUGUCUAA